AUGCUCACAGGUGAUAGGGGAUAUCGGACCCUCUUCCUCCUCCUUCUCCUCCUCUUGGAACAGAUGCGGAGAGCUUCACCCUCUCAUGGCUGCCCGAGGGCUGCUCGUGGAAGCACGGGUUUGCUGCUGCGGCUGAGAGGAGGAGAGGAGCAGGACUACGAGGCUGAGCGAGAAGCCAAGUUGAGGAAGAACGCGGAACUGCUGCGGCAACUCGGGCUGGCGUCCUCGGUUGUAGCGACCGCCGACCCCUCAAGAAAGAAGAGGACGAGGACGAGGAAUGGGCAAGGGAGGAAGGAGCCGGUGACUGAGGGGAUGGACGACAGCUUUGUCCGCCGAUCGCUCAGGACUCGAGCAGCCGUCACGUACGCCGAGAGCAGUCAGGCGUCUGAGGACUCCGGGUCUAGCAGCCCGUCUGAGAGCAUGUCGGAGGACGAGGAGGACGAGGAGGUACGGUGGGAUGACUUGAGGCCUCGAUCCCGAGGAAGACCGUCGGGUCAGUACGGGAGGUACAUGCUGAAACAUGGACCGACCCCCACCGGACCCGGCCGCAACUCCUCCUCUUUCGAAUGCCCGGAGUGGGCGCCGGCGGCAGAGGUGAAGGAGCUUUACGAGUUGCUAAAGAUGAAGAGAACGAGGAUUUCCAAGGCAUCGAACGUACGAACUUUCAAGAUCGCUCAUGAUCGCGCGCUCUGGGACAUUGCCCUGCACCUGCCAAAGACCACAAACGAUCUGAUCAAAUGUUGGGGGUUCGGAUCUCAGAGGACGAGGAAGUACGGCGAAGAAUUCCUGCAGGUCUUGAAUGCCUUCAAUGCAUCAUGGAAGCCGCCACAGCCCACUCGUCUUUCCCCAACCUUCCGUAUCCCGAGCAUACAACGGGUUGCGGCCCCUCGUUCCUCUUCUGCUUCCACCAUUCCGCUCGGCUCUGUCUUCUUCAACGGCACCUGGUACCUCCCCGUCCCCAACAAGACGUUGCCCUGGCUGCCCUCCUCCUGCAAGAGUUUCUACGGCAGGAAAGAGCCGGAGAAGGAGAAAGAGGAGCAGGAGGAGCCGGAGAAGGAGAAGGAGGAGCAGGAGGAGCAGGAGGGGGAGCAGGAGGAGCAGGAGGGGGAGGAGGGGGAGAAUGACAGCGAAGGGGCUGAAGUAGAGCAGGAGGUGGGAUAA